UGAUCAUACCUUACAUGAAAAUACUGAUUUUAUUUUAUUAAUGAUAAUAAUAAUAAGAGUAAUAACAAAAAGUACGAUUGUUAUAGAAGCAGAAUCACGAUCGAUCGAACUUUGAACUAAUUGUCAUCAGUGCGCGAGUGUAUGAAUCGCGCCAAAUUUUUUUGUUAUUUUUUUUAGGCUAAGGCACAUGUAUAUAUAUAUAUAUAUUGUACGUGUAUCAUGUAAAAAAUAUUAUGAGUGUGAAUGUAACUGACAAGUGUCAAUUUUUUAAAUUUUUGAAUAAACAAAUAAAGUUUAUUUACUGGACUAAACAACAGGAGUGUUUACAUGUUGAUGAGUGUCGUGUUGUGCUAAUAGUAUAUAGAGAAUCGUUAGUGUGUAGAUCAACAUCAAAGUGUACACAUUUUCGCAGUUGAGUCGGCAUCGCGUGAUAAAAUACCCGGCCAAGUUUAAUAUAACGAAUAACGAAACAGUGGCAUUCAAUUGACGUUCAAAUUUUGCUUUUAAUUUUACUUAUAAAUAUAUUAAUUUAUAUUUAAAAUCGUUAUAGUUAAAACUUUUUUAUAAAUUAUUUUAUUUCAAGGAUUAAAGGUACAAGGUAUGAAUCUGAAGUGGUGUUAUAUGAUUUUAAGUACAAUCAUCUGCGCUAAUGGAUUUGGAGAUGUAUUGUCAGAAAAUACAAAUCUUGAAGAUAAAAAUAUUUCAUUACAAUUUAUUGGAUUGGAGUAUGAAGACGCAUGUUUCAAAUCUGCUGAUUCGGAAUGGAAAUUUAUUCAAAAUCCAAACAAUGAAACUCUUCAAUUAUGGAAAGAUUCAUUAGAUGCAUAUGCUUCAAUAAAACGUAAAUGUUUAAAAGACAUUGAUGAUACUAUAAAUGAAACUCUGUCUUCAACGAUUGAAUACAAAUCGAAUCUUGUUAGUAAACCAGGCGAUGCAUUGCUUGAGCCCGAAGACUGGACAAGCUUUACUUCGUUCAUCGGUCAAGCAGAAUUAAUAAGAUUAACUGGAAAUUACACAUCAGGAUCGAAUAAUUUAUUGCGUAGAAAUGCUGAGGAUUUGUUGAGGCGGAAUGGAAAUAAUGAAGAUAAAUUAAAUGCAUGGAUAUCUUGGUAUCGAACAUUACAACCGCUCACAACAAAGUUAUCAAACAAUUUACAAUUUGUUCAGAAAGCUGCGGUUGCUAAUGGUGCUAAAGAUGUAACAGAGUACUGGGAAAUGCUAAGUGAAUACAAAGAUGGUUAUAAUGAAGCCAAAGAUAAAUGGAGUGAAAUUUUAUCUUUGUAUGAGAAAUUAGUAAAAUUUGUACGAACUCGUUUAACUCAAAAGUACAAAGAUCUCAUGAAAGAUGAAAAAGGAAUACCUGCUUAUUUACUUGGUUCCCUCGAAAGCUAUGAUUGGACACCUCUUACGAUGGAUGUCAUACCGUAUCCCAAUUAUAUUUAUGACAUAAGAAAAAAUCUCUGGGAAAAGAAUUUAAUAGGAAAAAAUUUGUAUAAAUCAGCGUCACGAAUAGGAAGCAUAACAUUAAAACACGUGCCAGAAGUACAAUUUUUUGAUAAAAGUUAUUUUCAAGGACAGUGUCCACCACGUUUAGUUAAUUUUUGUCGUCAAGGUACAAUGAGUGUUAAUACAUGUUCUGAAUCAUCUCUUUCUAAUUACUUGUCAGCUCAUAAAAAUAUUGCUAAGGUUUUAAUUCAUCAAAUGUCUGAAGAAAGUAUGCCAAUAAUUAAUAAUGCAAAUCGUUACUCUGCGUUAGAAGAAGGAGUAUCAGAAUUAUUUGGUAUUUUGGCUUCAAGUCAAGCAUGGCUUACAACAUUAAAUUUAAUUAACGAGACUGAUAACACUGAAGAAGCUCAUAUUGUCUCUAUCAUGAUAACAGCUCUAGAUGUACUCCCACGAAUGGCGUACUAUCUAUCUGCUGAUCAAUGGAGACUAGAUAUCAUUAAAAAUAAUACAUUUGAUCCAGACCAUUUAACAAAUUCCUGGUGGGAAUACAGAUCAGAGUAUGAAAAUGUAGUACCUGGUUCUUCCGAAAAACUUCCAACCUUUUUAGAUGAUAGUUUUAUUAUUAGUAAUCGUCCAUAUCUUUCAAAAUUUAUUGGAACAAUAAUUGGUUUUCAAAUUUAUGACCAUUUAAUGGAAUCAACAGAAGUAAGAACAGAAAAAUUAGAAAAAAUUCCUACAAAUCAUAAUUUUAUUAAAAUGAUACAGCAUGGAAGCGUCGAACAUUGGAAUGAAGCAAUAAAAAAAUAUUUACAAAUAUAUGAUGUUUCUGUGGAUUCUUUGCUGAGCUACUUUUCACCAUUAGAAGAGUAUUUAGAUGAGCUGAAUGAUGAGGAGCUCGUUAAUUUCCCACUAGAGCUUGAAAAUAAAUUAGAAACCCUUGAGAAUCUAUACCAAAAAGAUUUAAAUAAUCCUACAACUACAACUGAAGCCUUUAAUUCUACAACUGCUGUGCCAAAAAAACAAACGACUGAUUUUCAUAAACAAAUUGAACUUCCGUCAAAUACAAAAUCAACUGAACCACAAACAAAAAAUAAUUCUUCAUCAUCUGAAAUUAUUAAACCGACAAAAAUUCCGGUUAAAGUUACCGCAGAACCCGAGACAAUACCAGUUAAGGUUAAAAAGGACAGUAAUGAUGGUGGGAAAAAAGAAGAUAAAGGAACUGAAGAAACAGUAAAUGAAGAAAAUAAUGAGGCUGGAAAAUUAAUAAAAAGUGGAAUGAGUAAAGCCGUAUGGGCAGUUGGUUCUGUAUUGAUUGCAACUAUUGCAAUUGUUAUUAUAGCAAUUUUCGGGCGACGAAGGUGCCGAAAAACGCCAAAGAAUAGACGUUAUGUUUAAGUAUAAUAGUGCUCUUAACAAUAAUUAUUUAUAACUACGAUAGACGAUCUAUGUCCUGUAUUCUCCAUGUUCACGACCGGUUUCCACUCAGGACUCACUCGUGCAUGUGAAUAGUACACAUAGAUUUCUAGCCAUUAGUUUUCGUUAGACCCCACACAUUCCCUCGAGUAACAUAGAUGACAUCUGCACUCAGACCUUCCGCUCUCUGUUUUUGGUAUAUAGAUUAAUUAUAUAUACCAAAGGAUCUGUGAGUUGGUCUGUUAGACCCAGCCAGCCCUGAUGCUUGUAAAUGUGUAAAGGCAUUUAGAGACGUAAGGACUGGUAAUAUUGAUGACAGUUAUCAAUUAUAAGAUAAAAGUAUUAGUUUAUAUGGCACAAUUCGUAUAUGCUGAUAAACAAAAUAAUAUAGCUGGAGAACAAGUGAUAUAGCAUCUUAUGUUUGUGAUAACAACUACUCGGGAAGAAGAGCUAGUGAUACACCAUCUGGUACCACUAUUGAACCAUCAUUUAAGUCAGGUGCUAUUACAUCAAUUUAUAAAUAAUAAAACAUAAUUUUUUAAAUUAUUAUUAUUAUUUUUUUAAAUCUUCAAUGGCAUACCAAUCUUAUUUAUUGUAAUAUUUGGCUAGCCUCUCUGUGCUAGCACGACAAUUACUUUUUAUUUCAAAAACGGUUUCGCCCCGAAUAUACUUGCUGGGCUCAUCAGUAAAGUUGAUGCA